UACAAAUUAUCUACUAAGACGUUUGGUAGGAAUGAGUUUCCAGUAAUUCGAUCCCUUCACCGACCGCAAUGCAUGCAUGGAUUGCCAGGGGGCAAACAAAGCGAGACUUACAAGAGUUUGUAUGGCGGAAAAUUGUGUUUUCAUGUUUAUCGUUCGAUUUUUCAGUGGAUAUGGAACCUUUUUGCGCCGUUUUUACGGGAUAUUAUUAGGAGGGAGUUGUACAAUGUGGAUACGUAAGUUUUUGACGAUAUAUAUAAUAUUUUAGGCGAUAAACUCGAUUUUCUUUCGCAAUUCGCAUUGUGAAAUGUACACAGUAACACUUCGUUCAUGGACUAAAAAUAGUGAGAUUUUUGUCAAGAUAAAUGCACGAUUGCUCAAUAAAAUCAUUCUAUACAUAUUCUACAGUGUGUGAAACAUUGUUACUGUACAUUACAAACUUUAGAUAUUUAAAUAUUAUUCAAAUAUGCCAAAAGGCGAUCACUGUUCUGUGUGGGGUUGUGAGAACGAUCGGAGGUAUCCAGAGAGGCAAAAAAUUCUUCCUCAUGUUGGUAUUUUAAGGUUUUAUUCACCAAGAAAUAACAAAGAAAUCGUAUCGUGGGAUAGAGCAAUAAACAGAGCACAAUUUAAGGUAACAAAAAGUACCAAAGUGUGCUCAAAUCACUUCAAGCAAGGCUAUCGAACCUCUGAAUGUAACACACCAACAUUGUUUAUGAGGGGCUAUGAUGUGGACAGCAAAUCUAGACGAGCAYCUCCAAAAAGCAGAAAASAACYUGUGUCGAAAAAGGCUAGACGAAAAAGACCGCAUAUCAGAAGUGAGGAUGAAAGUGCACCUAAAAGAAAGAAAUUACAUGUAGCUUAUAAUGACAACGAAUUGUUUGAUUUACUGCCAGAUCUACCUUCACCAUGUGUCUCUGAAAAUGAACAGUUUAGCGCAGAUAAAUACACUCAGACUGAACAACCAAAAAGUAAAGAGCAGUUAAAAAGAGAAUUCUUCAUUGAUCAGGCAACUUGUGAAAAUAACUGCUAUAGAUACACGGGUAUGAUCAGGGCAAAACUAGACUUAGUGUUUGAAUUCUUGGAGCCUAAGACAAAAGACCUUCGUUUCUGGAGAGGAAGCAAAGGGACAGCUAAAAAAAGGAAAAACAGCAAGAAAAAAAGAGAGAAGCAACAAGGAGAUUUAACUAAGUGGGAGCAAUAUAUUCUAACUUUAGUAAGGACAAGGAGGGGCUUUGAUGUUAGAUUUCUUGCAGAUACAUUUUGUAUUUCUGCAUCACAAGUAUCUAAAAUUUACAAUACCUGGAUCACUUUUCUCUCAGAAGAACUCUCAUUUCUGAUUCCUUGGCCUUCAAGAGAGGAAAUUGAUAAMUCCCUCCCAGAUAGGUUUAAAAUCUUCCCAAAUGUACGGGUUAUAAUUGACUGUGCAGAAAUUUUMMUUCAAAAGCCCAAAAUUCCAUCAAGUCAAAAGAUCACWUGGAGCAGUUAUAAACAUUGGAAUACUUUCAAACUUCUUGUUGGUAUAACACCAACAGGGGUUAUAUCAUUUCUUCCACCACUUUGGACUGGGUCUUGUGUUAUGGAGAAUCCUCUAAUUGUAUCGAAAUGUAAUAAAAUGAUGUUGUUAUAA